UCCUGUGAAAGGUUGAGAGCAGAACCGAGAGCCGGCCAUGGCUUUUUGAUCAGUUGUCCAAGCUCCCCAAAGCAUGUUUGAACCUCCAUCCUAGCCUUUGUCGGUGAUAAGUGUGCCGUAUGGUACAUUGGGGCACGUUCCUAGCCGGUCUUUGUACUAGUUCUGGUUGGAUCGGCCGUUGCAUCGCGAAACUGGCACAAUGAGUGAACCGACGUCAAAACGUUGCUACACUGGUUCUCUUGCAACUGGCUCAGACCUUCCUUCGGCUGAGAGGGUGGAUGGCAGUCCGAUCGAAGCUGUGUUGGCUCAAUCGUCUCGGCCGGUUGCGAGUUCAGCUGAUUUUAUGAGUAUAUUCAGUUCGGAUGGAAAAGGAGAUACUGGAGGUCUUGCCACAUUGGCGCAUAGACAUCCAUCUCCUGCACUGGCUGCAGCUGUAAAUACUUCACCUGCGCUGGAGCACGUUGAAGCGUCUCUCACUGGCGCGCAUUCUGCUGUCAGUCAAAGCAUUUCCACCAUGACGGGUGCUGGGAUGGACAAACCUGUUCCUGGUGUUAGUAGUAUUGUUAGUAGCAGUCUGCCUCUGCCCACCGUUGGUGCUAUGCCAUUUUCAAACACCAACAGCAGUGGACUCGAUUACAUGCAUGGAGCGCCAGCAACGCAGGCAGAUUUAUCAACACAGCUGUUGAUGAAUUCAACCAACUCUGGCAAUCAUGUCUUCCCGGCUCUGUCGGAGAGCAGUCAUCAGAUGACGAACUCUCCUCUGAGUACCAACGCGGCCAGUGCACUUCCCGUUAUGGGAAUGGGAAUGAAUCACACUGGAUCGACUUCCAAUUUCAUGCUCCAACAACCGCAGAACUCCAUGGAGCAGAUGUCUUCCCUUCCGCGUGAGAAAACGAAGCUAAUUCAACAACAGCUUGUCCUGCUUCUACAUGCUCACAAAUGUCAGCGUCGUGAGACUGUUCCGAACGAGCCCCCUUGCAAAAUACCGCACUGCAGGAUCAUGAAGUUUGUUCUGACCCAUAUGCAAGUCUGCCAGGCUGGGCGGUCUUGUGAAGUUGCACACUGCUCAUCAUCGCGUCAGAUCAUCAACCACUGGAGAAACUGUGCGAAGCCGGACUGUACUGUGUGUAGUUCACUGCGGGCUCCCAAUCGACCUGAUGUUCUGAAUGGCGUGAACUCAACACCGGGCAUGGUGAAUGGACUAAACCCAGCAGCAGCUGCUGCCUCCAUGAUCAAAGCGGAACAAGGCAUGGGAAUGCUGCCUCUGCCUGGGAAUGGUGUUGGUGCUGCCGGAUCUGCUGGUGCAACGCCACUGCCCGGUAUUUCUAAUCUCGGUCUGCAUAAUGGUUCGGCUAUGUACAACAACUUGCCGAACAAUGGCAUGCUUCCUUCUGGUGGCAAUCACAUCGGUUCAGCUCCUGGUUUUGGCAUACGUGGUGGUAGUCCUGGCCUGCUUCCCACUGCUGCGUUGCCUACGGGUCAUGUUGGUGCUGGCAAUAUGCAACAGCCAGGUGCCUACCCCAUGGCCAAUAAUGAGCACAGCACCAACCUGGUCAUACAGCAGGUGUCCAGUUUGUUGCAAGUUUGCCCACCUGUGGCGAAUCAACCUUGGCAUGAGAGUUAUCCCAACGCCCGUCGCCAGGAUGUCAUUCGCAAAGUGUUUCAAAAGCUCGCCAUGUCUAAUCCUCAUCUACACCCUCGGCUUUACCAGGGCAUUGGCCAGUUUUCCAUGAAAAUGGAAGGCAUUUACUUCUCCCAUGCGAAAAGCGAAAUGGAGUAUAUGAGUAUGUUGUCAGCCAAAGUGGAUGCUACCAUACAGUCGCAGAUUGCGAAACGCCAGCAGCAGCAGCAACAACAACAACAGGUGCAGCAGCAGCAGCAGCAGCAAAACGGAGGUCGAGCUAACUCCAUGAAUAUGGACAUUGCAACACAACAGGCAAUGACUGCGCAGCAUAUCGCUGCAAUGCAGCAGCAGCAACAACAGCAUCAGCGCCAGCUUCUCCACCAGCAACAUCAGCAGCGCCUUCAGCAGUUAUCCCAACAGCACCAGCAGCAGCAACAGCACCAGCAGCAACAACAACAGCAGCAGCAGAUGGAAGCUCAGCUGAACCAAAGCCAGUCCACAGCACAGCAGUUUCAACGUCUGACCAAUGCGCCUAACCGCUCAGCUUCUAGCACACCCGUGCUGAACAUAAAUGUCAAAACCGAAGGCGAGGUCACAUCUAAUGUGUCGACAACGUCCGCCCCUUCAUCUCAGCCUGUUGCUACUCCAAUUCAGGCUGCAGUGUCCUCUGCUAGCUCUCUGUUUUCCAGCACUAACAUGCUAUCUGCAGUAAAUCAGUCGCCAGCAGUUGUAGCUGCAGCGUCGGACAGCACACUUCUUCAACAGUCCGGUGCUGGAGACAUGGAUACUGGCAGUCUUCCCGCCGAUAUGUUUCCAUCUACCACUCCAGAAGCUGAGGGUGUUCCAGGCAAGAAAUUCGAAAUGUCUGCGGAGACUGUGCGGGAUACGUUUCUUCCGAUUGUGGAGCGACUGGUCACUCAUACUCCAGAUAGCAUACCCUUUCUACAACCUGUCGAUCCGAUUCUUUUGCACUGCCCUGACUAUCCGCAGAUUGUGAAGGAGCCAAUGGAUUUGUCAACUCUGAAACAGAAGCUUGUCGACCUAGAAUUCACCGAUCCGUGGGAAUUCAUUGCGGAUGCCUACAAGAUUGUGGAGAACGCAUGGUUGUAUAAUAAGAGGACCAGCAAAAUUCACAAGCAAGCUACACGACUAAAUGAGUUCUUCGAAAAGAUCAUCGAUGAGCCCAUGCAGAAUAUUGGAUUUUGUUGUGGCAAGUCGAGGUUCUACACAGCUCAAGUGCUGUAUUGUGCGUGCAAAUCCUGCGCUAUUCCUCGAGAUGCGGUCUGCUAUGUGUACAAGGGCAUUGAAGCGUCAAUUCACUAUUGCAAGAAGUGCUUUAGUGAAGUCAACAAGUCCGUCAAUAUGGGAUCUGAAGGAGACGUAUUGAAAACGAAGUUUCAGGAGAUGAAGAAUACCGUCAACGACCCUGAGCCCUUUGUGUUUUGUUCGAUUUGUGCACGGCGUAUGCACAAAGUUUGUGUUGGCUUCCAUCCCUCCAUCUGGAAAAGAGACUAUGAGUGCAAGGAGUGCCUGACAAAGAACAACAAGACUGAACCUGUCAACAAGUUCACUGCUAAAGCACUGCCGCGCAAUGCUCUAGAUACAUACCUUGAGGAGAGAAUCAACGCUUACCUUGCAACUGCUGAUACUAACCGUGAAGCUGGCCACAUUCACAUCCGCGUGCUCUCCAGUAGCAAACAGACGGUGAAGGUCAAGGAUGCCACCAAAGAAAAGUUUGAUGAGCUAAGUGGCACAUCUUUUCCGGAGGAAUUUCCUUAUGUAGCAAAGGCUGUCUUUGCGUUUGAGGAAAUUGAUGGCGAGGAGGUGUGCUUCUUUGGCAUGCAUGUGCAGGAGUUUGAUUCCGACUGUCCCGAGCCUAAUAGGCGGCGUGUAUACCUUUCGUAUCUGGACAGUGUCCAUUUCUUCCGACCAAAGCAUUUGCGUACUCAAGUGUAUCAUGAGCUGCUUGUCGCCUAUAUGGACUAUGUAGCAAAGCGAGGCUUUGUCACUGCUCACAUUUGGGCAUGCCCUCCUGGGGAAGGCGACGACUACAUUUUCCACUGCCACCCAUCUGAGCAGAAGACACCAAAGCCGAAGCGUCUACAAGAGUGGUACAAGACCAUGCUGGACAGAGCAGUUGCUCAAAAGGCUGUUAUCGAUUAUCGGGAUAUUCACCUGUCUACACUUCAAGAUGGAGUCAGCGUACCGUCCGGCUUGCCAUACUUUGAGGGUGAUUACUGGCCUAACAUGGUUGAGCAGAUCAUCCAGGACAUAAGAAAGGAGGAGGAAGAAGAGAAGAAGAUUGCAGCUGAGGCCGAGGUCAAGCAGAAGAAUGGCAAGAAGGGAUGCUCACGGAAGUCUGGCAAAAAAAGCGGGCUGCAGAAGAGCAAGCCAGCACAGAAGAGGGAUGUCGCUGUGCGUGUGCUGACCCUGGUGGAGAAGCACAAAGAUGUGUUCUUCACCAUUCGACUGAUACCCGCGGACAAGGUGGCGGACCUCGAGCCCAUACAGGAUGUGGACGAGCUGCGAAGUGGCGAUCUGAUGGAGGGCCGGGACUCAUUUCUUACCUACUGUCGCGAGAACCGUUUUGAGUUUUCGUCUGUGCGCCGCGCGCGGUACGCUACGCUGUGCAUGCUCAUCGAGCUGCACGGCCAGUCCAAUGUAUUCGGCUACUUCUGCAAUAAAUGCUCUGCUGCCAUUAUUGGAAGUCGUUCCCAUUGCACAGUGUGUGAGGAUUAUGACCUGUGUUCUAAGUGCUAUCAGGAACACGGCCAUGAUCACCCGAUGGAGCAGAUCCACAACAUGGUCGGUGGUGAUGAGAGCUUUGAAGGUGCCACGGGUAAAUCUCAGCAACCUGAGAACCAGCGCUGCUGCAUCAAGCGGUGUCUGGACAGUCUUGUUCAUGCGUGCCAAUGCUCAGCCCCCGAAGGAACCUGUAGCGAACCGAGUUGUGGCAAAAUGAAGAGAGUAGUUGUCCACAUCCGCACUUGCAAGCUCAAGUCUAAUGGAAACUGUCAAAUAUGCCGUCAGCUCUUGCUUCUAUGUUGCUAUCACGCUAAGCACUGCAAAUCCUCACCAUGUCCAGUGCCGCUUUGUACGAAUAUCAAGCAACGAAAACAGCAGCGAGCAACGAAGGGCCGGCAUAUGCAGAAUAUACUGAUGCAGCGCCGGAUGGCAGCCAUGAACAUGGGUGACAGCAGUGCACCUGCAAUUCAGCAGCAGCAGCAGCAACAGCAGCAGACUCCUGCUGAAUCUAGUCCUGGCAACAAUACAGCGAGUGAGAUUGGGAAGCGUAUGCCUACCCCAGAUCAGGUAUCUACACCAAGUUCCGAUCAACUGAGAUCCAACCAGUGGCCAUCUGGUAAUAUCCAGCAGUCCCUAGCUGCCACCUCUAUGCAGAGUCUGCCAUCUGCAGCGUCUUUAUUGCAGCCGCCCAACAGUGCAUCGCCAACUCUUGCAGCCAGCAGCCAGCAGUUUAAUGCUGCCGCUGCUGCCAUGGGCCUGAAUCCAGCAGCUGCGGCCGCAGCAGCUGCUCAGCAUACCGGUCAAAGUUCUGCUGCUAACUCUCAGCUGAUGCGCAUUCUAAUGAAUGACAGCAAGGCGCUCAGUCCCCAGCAGCAGCAACAGCUACAACGCCAACGUAUGCACCAAAUGCAAAUGCAGGCACUGGCAUCAACGCAACAGCAGGCCAAGCAACCUCAACAGCAACAGCAGCCGCCACAGCAGCAACAACAACAGCAGCAGCAACAGCAGCGGCAAGAUCUCAACCGUCAGCAGCUGGUGGAGGCAGAGCGUCAGCAAAAGUUGGCGCUCAUGCUUCAAAAUAUUCAGUCCCAACCUGGUGUUGCUACUCAGGGUGCUGUGAACAACGGAAUGCUGGGCGGUGCGCAGGCCGAGUUUCCUUCCCCGCAAGCAGUUCAAGAAUACUCCAAGUCACAUCAUCUACCUGCCGAUCAAGCCAGGGCCAUGCUUAUUAGCUACAUUCGAAAGAAGCAGCAGAAACUUCUUCAGCAGCAACAACAGCAGUACCAACAGCUAAUGCAGCAAAGGCAACAGGCAACAUCAGAUCAGCAGUCACUUCAGCAGCAGCAGCAGCAGCAGAUGUCGCUUGCCCAGCAAGCUAAUGUUGUUACUGACACACUGCAGCAGUUCCAGCAGCAACUGCAACAGCAGCAACAUCCAGCCACGCCACAGCAACUGCAACACCUUCGGCAGCUUCAACAAUUGCAGCUUCAACAACAGCACAAACAGCAAUUGCAGGCUACGAGCGAACAGCAACAGCAGCAAUUACAGCAGAUGCAGCAGAUCCAACAACUCCAAGAGCAGCAGCAGCAACAGCAGCAUGAGCAGUCGCAGGCACUUCAGCAACAGCAGCAUGCUCUGAGUGCUGCUGCUUCUGGCCACGCUGCUUCCAGUCUGUCUUCCGAUUCUGGAAUCGCAGAUGUUGCCCUUGGAAUGCCAUCGUCGGCUAGCUCAGCCAAUGUUCUGCAGCAAAUGGCAAAUAGCACAUCUCCACCAGCUGCGAACAACAUCUUAUCGAAUGCAUCUGUUGGUGCGCUAAAGUCCUCGCCAUCACCAGUUGGAUCUCUAGCUGGCCUACCUAAUACUAUGCAGCCUUCACCAAGCAUGAUGCCAUCUGAACUUGGUGGCUUUGAGAAGCUGCUGUCGGAUCCCAUGAUGACCAGUUCGCCAUCGCUGUCGGGUUAUAACAGUUUGCCGUCAAUGGUAAACCCCGUUGAUGAUGUCCUGGCCGAUCCAGGCUCUUCAUCUGGUGAUAAGCUGGAGCAUCUGGUCAACACUCUGUAACUCUGUUGUCUGUCUUGAGGAGGUUGAGGAGAACACUAUGCCUGUUGAUAUAUCCUACAAGUGACCCACUAUAUACGCAUACGAACUACGCUGACGUUUGCUCUGAAUUCACCGGGGCUUGUGUCUACGUGUGUCUAUGCAUGCAGUGCCGUGAAUAUGAAACCCAUACCUUUUCGCCACACUGGUGCUAACAUUGAGUGUCGUUUUAUUGUCCGGUUUUUUUUAUCCCCGUUUUCAGAUUCACCUUAGGUGGGCGAGUCUGCCCUCUUUAUGUUGUCUCCUUGCGUGCUAUUGACUAUCCUGUUCUGCUGUCUUUUUAUCCCAUGAGUGAAAUUUUCGCUUUAGUCAAGAACUCACACUUAAACGUUUUUUGGUUUUAAACUUCGCCUUUUUAGACAAGCACACUUUUGUGUGAACCCUGCCUGUGUGGCCACGGCUUUGGAGGUUUUAUUUUCAACAUUGAUGACCAACUGAUUUUUUCUCUUGUCUCAUAUCUCAACUGUACAUAGCUGCCAGUAGGUGGGUGUUAUUUGUGUCGUUUUGCCCUAUGAAAAUUACUUACUCGAUGACUAUGAUUUGAAUCUAUUUUCUGCUUAAAUUGUCUUGCUCUCGUCAUGUGUUCAGGCGGUGUAUUAUAUUGCCUGGCUGGUGUGCUGAUUGUGUGAUGCUAUGCUGUAUGUCUUGCUGGCCGGAUAUCCUCAAUCAUCCGCAUUGUCGCUGCAAUCUAUUGCACACCUGCACUGCCGUUGUGUGCGUGUGUACCUUCUAA